AAACCCGCCAGUUAGUCGGUCAUGCACCGCCUCUAUCGCGCUCGUUGCUCCACAAACAGACACAAAGCCUAAGAAAAGACAAGAAAUAUCCACCAGGAACCCUCCCUUUCCUUCCUAACGCAGCAGCGCAGCCCUACCAGCUCAUCCAUGCACAUACAUGCACAUCCUGUCUUUUUCUUUUCCCUCUUCUUUGCGAAUUCUUCGUACUCUCUCUUCGUCGAACCACAAGCACUGCCGUUGGCUUCGUGUAUAUAUAUAUGUAUAUAUAUAUAUAUGUGUGUGUGUGCAUGUCAUAGUCAUCGCAGUCGUAUAGCGAGUUCUUUUUCGUCUUGCGUCUUGCGUCUUGGCUCUUGUGUAAGCGUCGUCGUCGUGAAGCCAGCCAGCCAGUCAGUCAGGCAAGCAAGCCAGCCAGCGCAGAAGCAAGCACAAAGAGUCGUAGGCCCCGCCCAUCUCUUCCCGUCCCUUCCAUCUCAAUCUCAACGCAUCUCCAUCCCCAUCCACAGACAAAGCGAGUCUCGCGCACUCGGCGCGUAUGUACGUCUGUAGCAAGCCAAUCCAAACAAGCAAGCAAAUGCAAAACAACAAAAAAAAAAAAAAAAAAAAAAAAAAAAAAAAAAAAAAAAAAAAAAAAAAAAAAAAAA